AUGGUCCAUGGUGCAAAGCUCUCCAAAGGAGUGGCACAAUCAACGCCAUCAUUGACAGAUCCUUUCUAUAACUUUCUUUGGACAAUUACGAGCUUCUCUAGUCUCUCUAAGAGUGGAUAUAAGUAUAAAUCGGGAAAAUUCGGUGCCCUAGAUUGCAAGUGGAACCUAGUACUUUAUCCAAAAUUUAGUAUGGAUGGAAAGGACUAUCUUGGGAUCUUUCUUUGUCUGAAUGAGGUCCCUUCACAUUUGGCCGACUGUCAAUAUAACGUGAUACACCAACUCUCCUUCUUGAAUCAGAGAACUGGAGACAAUUAUGUAGCGACAGUUGAUUGUGAAUUCAGGCUCGGAGAUUGUUAUGGCAAUACCAUCAUUUCUUUGAGAGAUUUUCAAGAUGAAAAGAAUGGUUAUUUGGUCAAUGACAAGUGUGUUUUUGGGGUGAAUGUCUCUCAAGCAUCAUUAACUAAAGCAAUCUGUGAGACUUUAAGAGCCCCAAGAGUAGGAGUGACACAAUCAACCACAUUAAUGAUCAAUCCUUUCUACGACUUUCUUUGGACGAUUGAGCACUUCUCUCGUCUUUCCAAAAGCACAGAUGUACAUAAAUCAGGAAAUUUCAGUUCUCUAAAUUUCAAGUGGAAACUAGAAUUUUGUGCAAAGAAUAGUGUGGACGGAGAGGACUGUCUUGGGUUGUACCUUACUCUGAAUGAGUACCUUUUAGAUCAACGUCAAUACAAUGUGGUAUGCCAACUCUCCCUGUUGAAUCAGAGAAAGGGAAAGAAUCAUUCAGCUUCAGUUGAUUGUGAACUCCUGCCUGGACAUUCUUGCGGCUGCCAUAAUUUCAUUUCCUUGGGAGAUUUUCAACAUAAAAAGAAUGGUUAUUUGGCCAAUGACAAGUGUGUUUUUGGGGUGAAAAUCUCCAAAGCAUUACCAACUAAAACUAUCUAUGAGACUCUUACAGUGCCCAGGAGCUGAGGUUUUGGAUUCUUACUACAAAAUUGUUUGAGCUCAGUCUGAAAACCGGAAAAUCUCAUGGUCCCGGAUCUCGAGUCUAGUUAACCAACCACCAUCUUAAGAUU